AAAUACAAUUUUUAGGGGUUUUAGACAUGUUUGAGGCUUCUUUAGGGCUAGUUUUAGGUAGAUUCCAGACUUGUUUAGAGUUGGUAUAAUUGUUUCAAACAUGUUCAAGCCAGUUCAGACGGUUUUUGGCUGGAAUUUUGUCGGAAGUUGGUCUGAAAGAUAAGCUUGAGGUCCUGAAAGUGGGGUGUUUCAAGCGAAGUGAGAAGGCUGUGCUGGGCCUGAAAAGUGGGCCUUGGCGUGCGCCUGGGUGAGCCUUGACAACAAAGUUUGAUAUAUGUAGGCUACAACCCAAUCAUCAAUUUUGUCAUGGGCUCAUGGUAGUUGUUCUAACACCAUGUAUACGUUUUUGGCAUUCGUUUGUCUGAUAUACCGUUUUGAUACUCAGUUCUAGGGUUCAUGAAGUGUCAUAUCAGUAUACCUGUUCUGUUUGUUGCAAUCUAUUCAAAAGGUUAUAUUGUGUGUAAUGAUGAUUUUAGUUGUCUACUUUGUUGUAUCUUAAGUAUACGUUCAGUUUGACAAAUUUAACCAUUAACGCCACGAAGAAUAUUAGAAUUUAAGUAGUUUUUAAAGGAUGAUGCUGUAUAUGGGCAUUUAGAAAUUAGAAGCUGUAAUUUUGGGCAUUUCCAUUUUUUUAUAGCUUGUUUUCUGACAGCUCUAUUUUAGAAAUAUUUUUAUAUGUAUUUUAUUUGUUUUUGUAAAGACCCGGUAAGCCCAAACCAUGAAACCAAACCGAAGCCAAACUGUUAGUAACAGGUUGGUUUCAAAUUUCGACAGUUUGGUUUUGGUUUACAAUAAUAAAAAACCAUUACCGACUAUAUGCUUUUUUGCAGUUCAUUGCACCCUGGAAAUGAUUGUUACAAUCUCACAUUAACAAAAACCGAAAGAAAGAAAAAACAGUUCAUGACAAAGUGCUUUAAUGGCUACACGGCAUGUUGCACAAGCGGGACGUCCGCUAAUGAAUAUCGUCAGAAUGAAGGGGGUGCCCAUCCUACAGCAGUUGGAGAUUGAAGAAUGCCUUUUGCGGACCUCAUCAGACAAUUGGUGCAUCAUAAAUGACGGGGCAGAUAAACCCAACAUCGUCAUGGGCAUUUCUGGGAAACCUGCUGAACUUGUUGAAAUUAAACCUGUUCUAGAAGAUAAUAUUCCUGUCAUACGAAGGUUUACUGGUGGCGGGACGGUAAUAGUUGAUCAUGGGACAAUAUUUGUUUCAUUCAUAUGUAACAAGGAUGAUGUUGCCGAUGUACAACCGUAUCCUCGACCCAUCAUGUCUUGGAGCAGCCUAUUAUACACUCAGGUUUUCCAAGGAAUUGCUGAUUUCAGGCUUCGUGAGAAUGACUUUGUGUUUGGCCUUCGCAAGUUUGGUGGGAACGCACAAUCGAUUACUAAAAAUCGGUGGAUUCAUCAUACAUCUUUUUUGUGGGAUUAUGAGACUCGUAACAUGUCCUACCUCAAGCUUCCUAAACGGGCUCCUGAAUAUCGGCUGGUAUGUUAAUAAUAUUAUCUGUUU